UCUGCGCAGAGUGGUUGGGAUAUGGAAAGGAAAGGUCGAGGAACGACGUCGCUGGGAGCGAUCUAUAGCGAGUCUCGAUAGUGUGCUGCAAAAGCGCCACAUCGCACGCGUGCACCACGGACAACUGGAGCAGGCCUAUGCAGGCAGACGACGUCUACCAAUAACCCAAGCGAACCCCAGUACAUACUCCUCGGAGCUGGUAUCAGCUCCGCGCCGAAGACAUCAGACUCCCUCAGAACACCCACAGUACACACACAGCCAACAUCUCUUGCGGCAAAAGACCAGACGAAUGCCACAAUGCGCACGCAGACGGCGUCGCAGCACUGUGAGUUCCACUCCAUCGGCCGCUCGCGGCAUUUUGAGUACCGAACUUACGACACGGGAGAAGCGGAAGCAAAUGGCCGUGUGUGCGUUAGAGGAUGCGAUGGGCCGUGCACAGUGUGAUGCGGCGUGGGCUGUGUCGUUGCUGGUGCGCGAGACACUGCAAGACCACUUUGUGCGACCUUUAAGGACUGUCCUGUCCAAUCUCAAAGGGGCCGGUGCGUACCGCAUGCCGUAUGAUACGCUGGUCGAUCUGUUGGCUCAGGCUGUUGCACUGUACAACAAUGCCAUAGACGGCAUCGAUGUCGCCGCUGCCGUACACACCUCCGCUGUCUGUCCGCAGACCAGAAGCAAACGCAACCGCACCACUACCAACACACACACCUUAGCAGGUGUAUGUACAGACUCCGAGUGCCACCUGCGCACACGCCUGGAUAGAAAGGCCUGCGAAACAGCCCUUCACAGCAUGCGUCUACCCGAGGUCAAGCAGGGCCGGUGCGGCCCUGCACCUGCAGAUGACGGACAGGACCGGUGUGGCUAUGACGCCCUACUGGACUGUUUAGGUCAGUACGCAAUGCAGCCGAGGCAAAGCCCUGCACACACCGUGCUCGCAUGCACACUGCAGAGGCAUGUAUCAUCGCUCACAGUAGCGGCCAGUGGAGAGACACGCGCAUAUGGACCUCAGCAGGUAGAUAUGACUGAAGUAUUAGCGGGUGUGUUCAGUGCGGCGAUGAGUGAGGGACUGGCCAGGGUGUAUACGGAAUUAACUCGAAGCUCUGGGGGAAGGGAUGGAGGCGGAGGUGUACGUACACAGAUGCACACGGACACACGGACACAGGACCAACGACGUACGAGUAGUAGUACAGGUACAAAGUUCGGUACUAAAUCCGCCCCGCCUACAGCGCUGUCACGCGCGGCGGAUGAGCUCACGCGUUCUCUGACGCAGCUGGUGACGACUGCCAAACAGCGCGCGUAUGAUGACUACGUCGACCAAGAUACCACUGAACAGACACGUGUGAACGAACCCUAUGCAGAGACACAAGCCCUCGAGGGGGAUGUGGCGGAACAGGCACCGCAAGUACAAUACACACACCACAGCCUGGAUGCAGCUAUGGCUGAGUUCAGCCGAGACAACGCCGAGGCGAAGAAGUACUUGGGCAGCCUCGAUGCCAUGUUUCCUGAAGCCUUACUGACAGCUGAGGAUAGUAGUAUACUCCCGGAUGGUUUGUUCGGAGUGGAAGCGGACACACUGACACAGCCCAUGGCACCUGCACCAGAAAUUGGGGCCGGGGCAAUGGAAGAGGACACACGGGGACAGGGCCUUGAGGGCUCGUGUGCAGGGCUUCCCAUUGGACUUGAUGAGAUGGUCGCCAAUUUUGAUCGAGAUGAUAUCGAGGCGAGGAAGUAUUUGGAAAACUUAGAUGCGAUGUUCCCCGAAGUUUCGCACUGGGGCGGUAGUCAAAGCAGUAGUCCCGAUAGCCAGUGUAUUAGUGCAUGUUGAGCACGAAUAUAUACAUAUAUAUAUAUUACGUACUAUCACGUACUACUGCGUACGGGAAGUAUAGCAGUGCUUCAGAAGUUUGUUUAGCAAUCGAUAUCUCCGCGAAGAGCGGAUAUGAUGGACAACAUUUACGAUAUGAACUCAGAGGUAACGAUGUCCCAAUCAAUAAAUAGGACUGAACAGCAAACUUGUACUGAGUAUUCUGUGCAGUUAUUGGUUAA